AUGGUACUAGCAAAAUCUAAAAAUGCAGUUGGGCUUGGAAAUAGUUUGAUGAAUGAUCGAUUCGGAAAAGGUAGAGGCUCAGAUCGUAAGAAAUUUACAACAACCGGUGUUCAUCGGGUCAAUCAUGCUACAGGAGAGACGUACGUUACGAAUGAGCGGAAGGAAGCCAGCUGGGUCAAAAUGCAGUCGGUGACCCAGCAGCCCGCUCUUGACGAAUUUCUUUCCACAGCCGAGCUAGCAGGUACAGACUUUACAGCUGAAAAGAUGAAUAAUUUAAAGAUAAUACAUAUUGAUCAGAAGAAUCCAUUUCUUUUAUCUGCCGCGGAAGAACGGGAAGCUAAAGGGAAGCAGGAGGCGCACAAAAAAAGAUUAACCAUUCCAAGGCGACCAAAAUGGGACACAGCAACUACACCCGAACAGUUGGAUAAAAUGGAACGAGAUAGCUUUUUGGAUUGGCGAAGGGGGCUCGCUGAGCUUCAGGAAAGUAACGAUCUCCUUAUGACUCCUUUCGAGCGCAACCUUGAAGUCUGGAGACAACUAUGGCGUGUCAUAGAGAGAUCAGACUUGAUUGUUCAAAUUGUCGAUGCCCGAAACCCUCUGCUAUUUCGCUCAGAAGAUCUAGAAAAUUACGUUAAUGAAAUUGACUCAAAGAAGAAAAAUUUAUUACUCGUCAACAAGGCAGACAUGCUGAGUACAAGUCAGCGUAAGGCCUGGGCAGUAUACUUCAAAUCUAUCGGCAUAUCAUACAAGUUUUUCUCAGCGAGCAUGGCUAAGGAACUGAAUGAAGCACGUGAUUUAUAUUAUGAUUCACAGAGUAAAAAGGAAGACAGCUCUAAUUAUCCUGGAUUCGACGAGUCUGACAUUAUCCGUAAAUUUAAAAAUAGUACAGAUGAAAGUCACGGAAAUAAAAAAGAAGAAGAAGAAGAAGAAGAAGAAGAAGAAGAAGAAGAAGAAGAAGAAGAAGAAGAAGAAGAAGAAGAAGAGGGAGAUGACGAUGAUGAUGGCCAAAGUGACUCUGAAGACUUUGGUGAAGGUGAUAUGGAUGAUGAAUCGGAAAGUACUCGUAUACUAACAGUUGAUGAACUUGAGAACUUAUUCUUGCGAUAUGCUCGUAGAAGAUCAGGUUCCGAAUCUGAUCCUAUUAGGAUUCAAGUUGGACUAGUUGGGUACCCAAAUGUAGGGAAGUCCUCUACGAUUAAUGCUUUGAUUGGUGCCAAAAAAGUCUCCGUGUCAUCCACUCCUGGCAAGACAAAGCACUUUCAGACGAUUAAUCUUAGCGACGAGGUUAUACUAUGUGAUUGCCCUGGUCUUGUAUUUCCAAAUUUUGCGACAAUAAAAGCAGAAUUAGUUUGCAACGGAAUUCUUCCUAUUGAUCAGCUUCGAGAGUUUAGUGGUCCUGCCGGUCUUGUUGCGAAAAGGAUUCCCCAAAAUUUUCUCGAGGCCCUUUAUGGUAUGACGAUAGUGAAAAAACCUACUGAGGAAGGUGGAACAGGUAUUCCUACGGCAGAAGAGGUUUUAGUAGCGUAUGCUAAGGCUAGGGGGUUUACUCGAUCUGGUCAAGGCCAGCCUGACGAAUCAAGAGCUGCAAGGUACAUCCUAAAAGACUAUGUUAAUGGAAAAUUGCUCUUUUGUCAUCCACCACCUACUGGUCUUGACCCUCAAGAAUUUAAUAAAGAUAUAUAUGACAAGGAUCACCUACCCGACAAGCACCAACAGGCUUCAAUACUAUCUGAGGUUCCUUCUGAUGAUCACUUAACUCAAACUUUACCAAUCGAAUUGUUCACAGAGCAAGGACCCAAAUCAAAGAAACUAGACAAGACAUUCUUCGCUACACAGCAAGGCGACUCUUCAUACAUACAAAUGCCAUUUAGUCAUAAAUAUAGUCAGCAAGGUACUCAAAGUAGUAAGUUGUUGUCAGGACGAAAACAAAGAACAUUGCUAGCACUCGAAAAAAACAUGAAUCCAGAAGAUAUCAAGAUGUUAAUGAGCAAGAAACACUUCAAGAAAGGCAAAAAGGGCAAUGGAAAGCGGAGAGCCGAUUAUUUUGCAGACUAG